AUGCGUGUGUUCGCGCAGGACCAGCCCCACAUGCGCCAAUUACUCAUGCGCGAUACCGCAGAUUAUUUAGAGAUUCCAUCGUUGGUGGAAGUCACAGAACAACCGCGAGCUGUCCCCAGAUUGUGUAUUCAGCUGGAGGUGCUGGAUAUGGACCUCUCGCAUUAG